AUGGUUUUCCCGAAGAUCGUCCUUGGUUUUUUCCAUUUGCUUUCAAGAGGCAGCAGUUUUUGUCCUAAAGGCUUUGGACCUGGGACAUUUCCUCCUGAAUACGAGAUUCCUUUGUGGCCAGAAGACAUGUCUUGGGAGGAUAGUGCAAAGUUGCGCACUAUCACGUUGGGAGGAUUCAAACAUAGCAUGCUCAACGAAGAAUACUUGGAAGGCCCCAACGAAGAUUUUUUCAUGCAGGGGCGCGAGACAUUCUGGCAAGCAUCUGGUCAAUAUUUCAUGUACUAUUGCCAGCGUUUCCGAAAAUGGCGUAUAGCUGAAAUCAGCGCCUUCAGUCAAAAUAUGAACGGCCAGUGCUUCGCUUUUGUUUCAGAUGCUCUUCCCAAUAGAGAUAUCUUGAAUCAGACCAUGCUGAAGGGUUUUAUUGAGGUUGAAGAUGGAGAAUGGGCCGCCAGAGAGGAUGCUGGUGUUGUCGCGUUAGGCAUCCUUGGAGAUCAAAUGGAGACAGCUGAUGAGCCAGGGGACGGAGCAUCCGGAGACCCCGAGGCCUGUGCAACCGAAAACUUUGAAUCCGCCAAGGAAUCUACAGAAUCCACGGAAUCGAAGUGUCCAGUGAUGCCGGUUGUAAGAAAAGCCAGGGACAAAGCCGUUCAGGUUGCAAAAGAAGCUGGCAAGUGGGCAAGACGGCUUUUCCCAAAAUAUCUUGGAGCCCCAGACGAAGAUGACAUGGCGGAGGUGGAGGAUGUAGAAAAUCCAUUGUUUGCAAAAGAAGCUGGCAAUUGUGAGGUGAAAACCUUGCAGGGCUGCAGUUUCAAGGAACAGUUUUUUGUUGAAAAGCAGCGCGCUCGUACCACAGAGGAACAGCGAACAGAACUCCAACGUUUGAGAAAAAUGGAGGAUGUCGUCAUGAAGCCUGCCCAAAAAACAUGGUUGGUGUCGCGUGUCGAAAUCUUGAAACAGCUGACGGACAACUCGGCUUGCGAUCCCACAGGGAACACAGCGGCCCAUCGCAGGGAUGCAAGACUUGAACUCAGUGAGUUGGAAGACGGCUUCCCAGGAAAGUCACUUAAGGCUGUGCUGUAUGAGCACCACACUGUCCGAUCGAGGGUACUUGAGGUUGCUGGUGGAGCCAUAUGGCUGACACGGCGCUCUGGUUCUUUGACUCGCCCACCCCGACUUCAGAAGGAGGACGAAAACCGUGCUCCUGAAGCACUUCAAGGCUUGCCCUCCGACAUUUGGUUGGAUGGCCAGGUGGGUGACUUUUUGCCCACAGGUGUCUUUGUGCAUGUCAGAGAUCCUGGAGAUGGACAGAAGCCAUUGUUGGGCUUUCUGCCUGCUUCUCUUUUUCUGCCAGGAUUUGAAAAAGAAGCAAUGCGAGGAAAGCGAAUAAAGGUCAAGAAAGAAGGCUUUAAUCCUGGGAAAGGUUUGCUUCUAACGGUGGCAAAAAGCAUUUUGGACGAAUCAUGCUUCGAGGCUGCAGAUGGUCUUGCGCCCGAAGCUAUUCUCUCAAGGACCAAAUUGUGGAAUCACCUACGAAACAAUGCUGAAUUUUACAGCCGACAUCAAGAACAAUGGAAUCUUGCCAUGAGUUUGGGACCUGCCUGCCCAACUCUAAGCUUCAUGCAUGACCUUGGCUGUAAGAUACAGAGCAAGUUGUUGAGGGCGGAUGGCGGUGCAACUUGUGGUGGCGGCAAACUUAUAAUUGCACUUGAUCAAAGACAAGUGGAAACAGCGAUUAUUGUCAAAGCAGGACGCUCGCAAAGCUCAACCAUUUGCGUUUCAUCGCAGGCAGGUUGUGCAAUGGCUUGUCGCUUUUGCGACACUGGUUUGGUUCGCCCCAAAGGAGGGAUGAAUCUGCCGGCAUGGGCAAUACUAGAACAAGUUCUUCAUGCUGAAGCUUGGCUGCAACGAGAAAUUGCAGGCUAUUGUGGAAAGAGUAAUAUUGUUUUCAUGGGCAUGGGUGAGCCACUUCUCAAUUAUUCAAGUGUGCUUGAUGCAGCCAGACUGCUUUGCAGCUCGGGGCACAAGAUCACAAUCUCUACAGUGGGAGUGGCAACACGAAUCAAGAGCCUCGCACAGCAGGCACCACCUGGUCUGCGCCUGGCGCUGUCCUUGCAUGCUCCCACACAGGAGCUGCGAGAACAGCUCUUGCCAGCUGCGAAGUUGUGGGAUUUAGAUACCCUUUUUACUGCUGUGAGCGAUUUCGAAGCAGCUACUGGCUCAGGAGUGCUGAUUCAGUACAUAUUGAUACGUGGUAUCAACGAUCAAGAGAAGCAUGCGAAGAUGCUGACAGAACUUAUUCUGUCCCGCACCUCAAGAUGUGCUGGAAUCAAUCUCAUUCCCUACAAUGAAACUAUUGCAGGGGCUAUGUCAAGAUUUGAGUCUCCUUCAGAUAGCACCUGUAAGCGUUUCAGAGAUACCCUGCGAAGCUUGGGUGCCCCGAACGUCACGGUUCGUUUCUCCACGAAGCUUGGCCGUGACUGGUCAUCAGCCUGUGGUCAAUUGGGUUUAGCGACAGAUGCUAUGGCUAAGCCAAAAAGUUCAUUCCUUCGGAUCUCUUCGGCCUUGGAGAUGCUGUAA